ACUUCCAAUACGGAGUAUGCUCGUCGAUAUAUCUCCAAAUGUCGCUCGUUAGAUCCUCACGUAUCGCAUUGCGCUCAAUAAGCCCUUCUCGGAAUAUCGUCCCACAAUUGGGACUCGUCAGUUCGUCAACUGCAAAGGGCUCAACUGCCCUUUUACCAAAAAGCACUUGCCUACCGGCUGCGUUUAGAAGGACCUUAGCGUCGGCUACAGGGCCAGAUUCCCUCUCAUCAGCCCAAACAAGGCCGCUCCCAAACAAGAUGGCAGCAUUAGAGCCCCAUCUCACACCGACCUUGUUCCAAGGUAUUCGCGACUUUUGGUUUGAACACCUCGAGAACGAAAACCACCUUGUACUCCCGGCGCAGGAACAUGCCAAGCGCUGGUUUUUCGGCGGAGAGGAAUUCGAUAAAAUAUGCAUGGAACGCUUCUCCCCAACACUCUCCGCGAUCCGCGCAUCCGGCCUGACCACUGGCGAUGAGAUCCUCAGAAUCGCAAAUCCCAGUUGCCCGUUGGACUGGCUGAGCCUCAUAAUCCUCCUUGAUCAACUGCCACGGAACUGCUACCGCGGCGAAGCUGCCGCCGUCGUAUUCAAUUUCUUCGACCCGAUGGCCCUCCAGAUUGCUAUGACUGCAAUCGAGCGAGGCAUAGACAUGGAGCCCGAGAUCCGGUGGCGUCUCGCUUAUCGCACGUGGCUCUUCCUACCGCUGAUGCAUUCUGAAGACAUAGCCAUCCAUGAAAAGGCCGUGGAGAAGUAUGCACGAGUGGAAAACGACGUGGAGGAUCUAAUUGAAUCUGAGGAUGAUCUGGCAGAUGCGGAUAAGUAUCGCAGCACAGCCCGCAAGAUCAUCAAGGAGAACGCAGGAGCUGCAAAGGCGUUGGCCCAGAUGCAUAUGGCAUUCGAGAAGAAACAUCAGGUUAUCAUCCAGCAGUUUGGGCGAUACCCUCACCGGAACAAGGUGUUAGGAAGGGAACCAACCCAUGCAGAGACAGAAUAUCUAGACAAUGGCGGAGACACGUUUGGUUGAAGAUAGAGGCGGCAUCUUAUCUAGAAUAGUUCCCAGCCAGCGUCCCCACCGACGAAACAAUAUGCACGAUAAACUCCAUCAAGGGAGGGUGCGGAGGUACUCAACGGCACACCGAGGGAAACAGGACCCUCUGCACCCACGAGAAUAGCAUCGCGGCCUCGAACUGACCAAAUGCACCUAAUAGACAUUGUAUAUUGGAUUGCAGCAUCCCUUAACCCGGAUGACGAAGGGGACGAUGGCCUCGCCAUGUAAUUAGAUUGUCGUCUCGACGGGAGUCGCCAGCCAACCCAAUUGGCAACGUCGAGGACCAGGGCGACCACAAUCUACCAAUGUGUCAAAUAAUUGGGGGUUACCCAAUCGUCUGACCUGCCCGUGAAUUUAUACACUCGGUUGGGGAAAAUAAAUCUGGAGAGCGGGCGUAUGGGUUGCCUGGAUUCAGUGG